AUCGUUGGGUGCCAGGCUGCGCAGCUAUCUUGGGCCUCAGCGCAGCAACCUCGGCCUUGACAGGGGAGUGGUAUGGUCAGCCAGGGGAGGUCUCAGAUGGGAAGAACUCAAGGGGUGGAUUGGCCAGCUUCUAGCGGAGAGGGGCCCAUGCAGGUCGUACAUUAUCAUAAAACUUGCGUCAAACGACCUGUGUCAGGUGACCUCCAAGCAUUUAUUCAACUCUAUAUAUUAAGAUCUGCGACAUAUCUGCCUGCUCUGCCCAGCUGCCACCAUCGUAUGGUCGGCCAUGUUUCCUCAGCUCUAAUGGCGCGGAGCCAACAACGUCCGCGCCAUCGAGACCAUGCGAAAAAUAAAUAUAACCGACGGAUUGCCAACAUAAGUCAAGGGACAGCUGGGCGGCCGGGUUGUUGCCUUCACCCCAAGCCGGCAGAUUAUACGUACAAGGUCCACCUUAACCACAGACGUAUGGAGGAAGAACACACAGCAAUUAUUAAAGCCCUGCAGCAAAAAGACACGAAUACCGACGGUGUCAGCUCCAUGACGUGUUGUUCAUGUCGUCCCAGGACGGAGAACAAGAGAUGGGUACAGUAUACUACAGCAUUAAUACAGGUGGAUGUCCCUUGACCUAUAUCCAGUACAGAAUGCUCAACAUCUGCUACCAGAUUCACCUCAACGGAACGACCUUCCAAAGCGGUGUGGCUGACUGUAACUCCAGAGGGGAACACUUCAUUGUCAUUGACAAUGCAGAAAAGCAAAACCACAUCAGGAAGCAAAUUAACUCCUCGUCAGAUAACAUAUCAAGAAAAUUUCACCUCGAUGGAUCGGAUGAGGUAAAUGAAGGACGUUGGCUGCUCCAUGACGAUCGUGUCAUGACGUACUUUGCAUGGGGUCCAGGUUACCCACAGAAUUUUUCUGGGAAAAACUUUCUCGUCGCAGACCCGGAAGUGGACUUUCUGUGGAGUGACAAAGAGGGUUCUGAAGAAAAACGUUACAUUUGUGAGAGAGACAUUUGAAUUCGAAACCAUAUUCUUCCUAAACAAUGUCCAUCAGCAGUGGAACUGAAUGGUUCCUUUCUAUUGUUAGUCUUGGUGGACAUAUGGCUGCUGAAUAAAAAG